AUGGAUCGGUUCCGGAUGAUCUUCCAAUACUUCCAGUCUAACUCCGAGUCGGUGAUGAAUGGGAUCUGCGGGCUUCUCGCCCUGGCCAGCGUGAAGAUUUACACCUCCUUUGACUUCAACUGCCCCUGCCUGCCCAAGUACAACACGGCGUACGGGAUGGGGAUCAUGUUUGUGCCUCCCAUUGCCCUCUUUCUCUGCGGCCUCAUUGUCAACAGGCAGUCUGUGGUGAUGCUGGAGGAGUGGAAGAGACCGACGGGAGGAAGAAAGAAGGAUCUGGCCAUCAUCAGGUACAUGUGCUCCUCCAUCAUUCAGCGAGCCAUGGUUGCUCCCAUUGUCUGGAUCAUAGUCGCCCUCCUCGACGGCAAAUGCUUCAUCUGCGCUUUCAGUGGCUCCAUUGACCCCGAGAAGUUUGCAGGCUUUGCCAACCUUACCCAGAUGCAGACACAGCUCCUGCUCUCCAAAGUGCCCUGCAAAGAGGAUGAACUCAUGAGAAACAACACCUCCCGGAAGGCCGUCUCCAGGUACCUGAGAUGCUGGUCGCAAGCCCUGGGCUGGAGUAUCCUGCUGCUCCUUAUCGUGGUGGCUUUCCUGGCCCGCUGGCUCCGACCCUGCUUCAAUCAGGCUGCCUUUGUGCAGACGCGCUACUGGAGCAACUACAUCGACAUGGAGCAAAAGAUCUUUGAGGAGACCUGCUGCGAGCACGCCCGGGACUUCGCCAACAAGUGCAUCCUCCACUUCUUCGAGAGCAUGCGGACGGAGAUCAAGCUGCGGCGCUUCAACAUGCCUAGGAGGGAAGAAGAGGGCGAAGGGGAGGCAGAUCACCUGCAAGGGAUCACAGACCAGGAGCAGGUGAACAAGCUCCUAAAAACGUGGUACUCUGGCAAGCCGCCCUUAGACGUGAGCCAGACCACGCCGCGGCAGCCCUCGGGCAAGGAGAGAGCGUGCACAUCCGCGCCCUGGGGGGACACUGUAAAUAACAGGUGGGCAGCUGCCCAGAAGGCCAACGUCUCCAGGCAAACAGACGUUUAA